GACGGCCGUCUGCUCCGGUCAGGAACCGAAGACCGGAGUACCGUGUCACAGAGCAUACUUCCCUAUCUUCGAGUCACUCUUAUUGAUGUACAUCACCAAGUGUAUCGUGGCAUCACUUGGGAGCCAAACGACAGUAAGAAGGAGACCCCACGCAGUGAAUUUUGUGUACAGGAUCAAGUGUAA